GGCUUCUGGUAAGUCACGUCUUUCAUACAUAGUGAAAGUGAAAAAAAAAACAGGGAGUGGUUUAUCGAUCACACUCGGUUUUUACUGGGGACUGUAAGCAGAGGUGAUUCUAGCAUCAGCCGCAUCACAUUGUUUGACUCUGUCCCUGCACACAAAAGCAAUGUUGAAUUUUCUGAAGGAAAUAUUCGGCUCUGCAGAUCCACCUCCAGCUCCACUCCUUGAUAAGCCAUGGAGGCAAAUAAACUGGGGAGACAAACAGAGUGUUCUGCAGUAUGUGAAGGACUACAGACCCCAGAUUAAAGGCCUGGAGCUCAGGAUUCUUGUUCAUGGGCCGGCUGGAGCUGGAAAGUCCAGUUUCAUCAACUCUGUUCAAACUACGAUGCAUGGCAGAUCCUGCACACUGGCUUUGGCAGACAGCAUCUCUCACGACAGUUUCACCAAAAAGUACGCAACCUACAAGAUCCAAAAAGAAAGUCCACAGUCCUUUUACCCUUUUGUCUUCAGUGACAUCAUGGGUCUGGAACCAACCAAUGGUGUCCAAGUGGACGACAUCAAACUGGCUUUGAAGGGACAUGUGAAGGACGGUUACAGGUUCAAACCUAAAUCACCGUUGGCAGAGGGUGAUCAGUUCUACAACACAACUCCAACUGUCAACGACAAAGUGCACAUUCUGGUUUGUGUCUUUGAUGCCAAGUCAGUGUCUCUGAUGACAAGUGGAGAUGCAGAUUUAACUGUGCAGAAGAUUCAGAACAUCAGGAUGGAAGCCACCAACCUGGGAAUUCCUCAAGUGGCCAUCCUCACCAAAAUUGAUGAGGCCUGUCGUGAAAUCAAACAAGAUUUAAAGAACGUCUACAAGAGCAAGUCCCUGAAGAAAAAGAUGGAGCAGUUCAGUGUAGAAGUGGGUAUUCCCAUGAACUGCAUCUUCCCUGUGAAGAACUACCAUGAAGAAAUCGACCUCAACAAUGACGUUGACUCGCUGCUCCUGAGCGCACUGAAACACAUCAUCAACUUUGGAGAAGACUGCAUCAACUUCAAAAAGAGUCAGUCUAAAUGUUGAGGCGGAGAAGUACAGGUAUGCUCCUCUGUACUUGUGUUCUCAGAUAACAGUGGUCCAAAACUAUAAUACAUGUAAAGUGCUGCGCAUGAUUCUUGUAGCCAGAAGUUCCUUUUUACUGGUGUUGUUGUGAAACAGCUUCACGUUGGGUCAGCAUAUUAGGACAUUUGUAUGGAUCAGGGUAACAGAUUUAUAAUGAUUUUGAAAUGAAUGAAAUGACAUUUUUACUUAAGCUGUCCUUGUUUUUUGAUCUGGGAGUUAUUUUCU